GAAUUUCCCAACUCCAAAUCCUUUUUUGAUUUCAGAUCUAAAACUAUAGAACUCGUCUUAUAUUUCAAUUGCGUGCAAAUCUGAAUGUUUGUGAUGAUUUUAGUCGCUUGUUGGUUUAUGAGGUCUAGAUGUUUAUGCUUUUCAACUAAUGAUGCGAGGAAGGCAGAUUGAGAAAAUUUGAGUGGUAACCUGUUGUUUGUUUGCCGAGAAAUACGAGGGAAAGCAGAGACAAAUCAAAAGUUCAUUUCUGUUCGCUGGUUGUUGAUUUAAUUUAUUUUCGAAAGGAAAGUGGAUAAAAUAGGGUUCGAUCGUGUAUAUUACUGAGGUUCACAUGAAUUAAUCUGGUCAAGCAUUCAUCAAAGAUAAAAUGUUUAUGCAACUUGGGUUACUAAAUUGGUGAUACGAUUUUGCUGAGAAGGCAGGCUUGAAUUAAUUGUGUUCUUCAUUAUGGAGUCAUUGUGGAAACUCUUGUAUUUGCUGGAGCCUGCACCCAUUACGCUGAUAUUGACUGCUGUAACUGUGACAUUUGGAUCUGCGUUUAGAGCUCUAAAUCAUGGGAAAGAAAUGGAGCGGAAUCGUGACUUAUCGGAAGCAUCUAUUACAUUGGACAAGUCCCAAGCACUGAUGAUCCCGAUAAUGAGCUCUUGCAGUUUACUUUUAAUGUUUUACCUCUUUUCAUCUGUGUCUCAGCUUCUCACUGCAUUUACAGCAAUUGCCUCAGUUUCAUCCCUAUUCUUCUGCCUCUCUCCUUUUGUUGCCUAUUUAAAAUCACAUUAUGGCUUGGCAGAUCCAUUUAUAUCACGCUGCUGUUCCAAGUCAUUUACGCGAAUCCAAGGCUUAUUGUUGUUGACAUGCUCUCUAACAGUUGCAGCAUGGCUAGUUUCUGGGCAUUGGAUAUUGAACAACUUGUUGGGUAUUUCAAUUUGUAUAGCAUUUGUGAGUCAUGUGCGUCUUCCAAACAUCAAAAUCUGCGCAAUGCUGCUUGCGUGCUUGUUUGUAUAUGACAUAUUCUGGGUGUUCUUCUCAGAGAGAUUUUUCGGGGCCAAUGUCAUGGUAUCAGUGGCAACACAACAAGCAUCAAAUCCUGUUCAUACAGUGGCCAAUAGUUUAAGUCUUCCUGGGUUGCAAUUGAUUACAAAGAAGCUUGAGUUGCCUGUGAAAAUAGUCUUCCCCAGAAAUUUGUUGGGUGGUGCAGUUCCUGGAGGAAAUGGUGCAGACUUCAUGAUGCUAGGCCUUGGAGACAUGGCUAUUCCGGCCAUGCUUCUAGCAUUAGUCCUUUGUUUUGAUUAUCGAAAGAGCAGAGAUCCUGUAAAUCUCCUAGAUAUGCAUUCUUCAAAGGGACACAAAUACAUAUGCUAUGCCCUUCCUGGAUAUGCCAUUGGACUAGUAACUGCUUUAGCAGCUGGUAUUUUGACUCGCUCACCACAGCCUGCACUUCUUUAUCUGGUGCCUUCGACUCUGGGACCUGUAAUCAUGAUCUCCUGGGUGAGGAGGGAGCUAGCUGAGUUAUGGGAAGGAAGUAUGCCAAACCUCAAUGAUAAAGCACGCCAAAUAGAAGUUUAAACAUUUAUCUUUGGUGGGACAGAGCUAGUGCAGGAUGAAUUGGAAGUUGUAAAUUCACUUGCUAGUUCUAUCCUUUAAAUACAUUGGUAGAAUUUUUAAAUAUGCAUCUGUCGAUACCCAACUUUGCCCUUUAAAUAUCCAGUAAUGAAAAGGAAAGGAAAUUUAUCGGAGAAA